UUAAUAUAUCAGUCGUAAGCGCGAUUCCGUCGCGACGCGCACCUCGAGACACGAAACGGAAUUCAAAUUAAUUUUUCUCACAAUUUUAAAAACGACUAUUUCUCACAAUUUUAAAAACGACUAAAACAAAAGUUUCCCAAUGACGAAUGAUUUUACUAAUUGAAGUCUUUAUUCAAUGAAAGAUGCUACGAGUGUUCAGUUCCGGCAUUUAGUGAUGAUCUCGUUUAAAAAGUGUAAGUAAAAUCAUAUGGAACAUUUAUAGCGAUUAGUGAUUCAAUUUUGAAGACGAUAUAGUGAAACAGGAAGUAGCUCGUGACUCGGCUGAAGUGUCUUGUGCUGAUGAAGCGAAUUAAAAAAAUUAAUUCUCUCAUGUAGUUACCAAUACGAACAGAACUGUUAUUUUGAGAUUCCACAAAUCUUAAUCUCUACCAGUUACCGAGUCGAAACUAGUUUGAUAAAGUGGUAAAGACGUAAGAAGAGAAAAAACGACGCAGGUUAAAGGGUAAUGGCGUUAUGUGAAAACGUGUCGGUGGUCACGGGAUCGCAAUGAAAGUCAAUAAACCGUGAUGAGUAAGAAAGAGUGGCAGUCGGAGUGGUAUUAAUAAAUUAGUGUCUAGUUGCUACAAGCAGCGGCAGCAGCGGCAACAGGAGCAUCAACAAGAGGUAGUGGGAUAACCAGAUAGAAGAACGAAGAGGAAUAGGAAAAGGACGGCGAUGACGGAGCCAGCGGUGGACAGUGAUGGACAGUUCGUUCUUCUCUAAGUGGAUGCUUAGUCUGGGAAAGAGUACUCCCGAUUUGGUUCCUUCGAGUCCUAUCAUCUUGAGGAGCGUGAUCGUCAUCUGCGGGCAAUGACGAGGAGGGUAACAGCAUAAGGGGUCGUUCGAGGCCGAAGUUAAAGGAGGUGGCAAAGGGACUCAACGUACGCGAAGGAGAGGAGCAGACGAUUGCUUAUCGUUCUCCGAGCAGAGUGACAGUCCGUAGCGUGGCGGCGUGACACACGUACACGCGUGUCGCGUCUACAUACGUGUGGGAUCACGGAUCGCGUCGGUGUGUCAGUGCGAAAGAAGACAAUUGACUCGUAGCCGUCGUCGUGCUUGCCGGGGGCCUUCUGACGUCACAUCCUGUCCUCUUGGCUAGUCGCGAUCUCGUUUGGACCACGGCACGUCAAGCACGAUGGUCAAUCAGAAAAAAUGGAUCUUCAGGAUCCUCAUAUGGGCAAACGUUCAAGCAAUCGUUUGGGCCAAUGUGACAGAGUCGUCGGAGGUCGACCUGUCCGACGAAAUAGAUUUGUUCACGACGACGAAGAGAACGCUUCCUGACAGGUGUCUCGUGAGGACCGAGCCGGGUCCUUGCAAGCAGUACGUCCACAAGUGGUCGUUCAACAAGACUGAAGGAAAAUGCAGGACCUUUCCUUACGGCGGCUGUUUAGGGAACGAGAAUCGCUUCAAUUCCGAAGCUGAGUGUCUUCAUUACUGCGUGGGUGGUCCAGAACAUACGUUGCCACCGUAUUUGGUCACGAAGGGGAGCGUAUUUGUGACGAGCACUGCGACUACGAACACACUGCCUUCUACCACCGCCAUCACUCCGAGACCAACGUUCAAACCGCCAGAGCCGACCAGACCGCCGGUACCAAAGUACAAAAGAGGAAAGGAGUUGACAUUCAUGGAAUCUGGCUAUGAGAAGACUUUCAUGUUCGCACAAAGUAACACAUUUAUACAACUCGAUGGUAGCGGUAUAAAAACUUUUCAACUUCGGCUGUGUCGCGAAAUAUCUUUCAAGUUUCGCACUAAAUUGCCCCACGGUCUCCUGGUCUACCAUAGCGUGAAGGAUAGACCUGAGAGCUUAGAUCCGUACGCUCUGUACGUAAUCGUAGAGAAAGGCCAACUAAAAGUGGUCCACGUAUUCGGCAAGCGUUCAACUAGCCUGACAGUCGGCGAAGGGUUGAACAGGGACGAAUGGCACAGCGUUCUGGUCAGAAUCGACGUCCACGGGGCGAAACUGAUUGCGAGGGUGGACGACAAGCAGGAGGAGACCACGCUCGAAGUUUUAGAACACGUUGUCAAUUACGGAGUGUCCGAGGAACUGGCUUCUGUCGUCCUCAUCGGAGGGUUGAGCUCUGAAGAGCGAUUGCACGGCGUGAAGUACAUAAUAGAAUCGUUCGUUGGGUGCAUAAGAGACAUGGUUCUCAGCUCAGGCAAAUCGGCUAGCGAUUUGUUGCCUAUUCAACCUCUGAUUGCCACAAAGCAUGAAAACGUGAAGGAGGGCUGCAUAGACAAAUGUAGAACACGAGAGAAUUUAUGUUUCAUCUCGAACCAAUGUGUGAAUCAUUAUAAUAGCUUGACUUGCGACUGUUUUGGGACCAAGUACGAAGGAGAACGCUGUGACGUAUACACGGCUACAAUUUUAACAUUAAGAGGUUCGUCCUACGUCUCGUUUCGCGUUUACGACUGGAAAGACAGAGUCCACUCGUCUGUUAACAGAAUAAGUCUGGCAUUCAAGACAAAAUGGGACGACUCCGCGUUGUUUUAUGCAUCCGGAGAAAUCGACGGUACUCCACACUACGUGGCAGCCUCGAUAAUGAACGGCUCGGUGCACGUCGAACUGGAUUUCGGGCACAAUUCGAAAAUCGCCACUGUGCUCGGCGAUUACGUUACCUCGAACCAUUGGAACAAUUUGACCAUCUUUCAUAACGGAUCUCUGGUCUUCGUCAGUUUGGACGACGAGAUUAAAGUACUUGAGGUCCCUGGCGAAAAUUACAAUAUGAUCAUCGACCCUGAGAUUUACAUCGGAGGUGGCCCGGAAUUGCACAAGAAGAAGGGUCUCCUUUCGCAUAAUAAUUUUGCAGGUUCGCUGAAAUAUGUAUUCUUCAACGACAAGUCGAUUAUUUACGAGUUGAAACGUUCCAAUCCCAUGGUGCACUAUAUCGGCGUGCUGGAACCGGAGUACUACGACGCGGACGUCGAUGUGAUUCCGAUAACGUAUCCAUUCGCGGGCAGCCACAUAUGGUGGCCCAUAGCGCGGACCGACUCCCUUAAAUUGAAUUUCGACUUUAAGAGCUCGAAGCCAGUAGCGAUAGUCGCAUCUGGGAACGUGACAAGUAGUCGCGGCUCCGGAUACUGGGAGCUUCGUUUGGUGAACGAUGAAAUUCGCUUUCAACUGAUACCAGUAUUAUCCGAGAACAUCACGGUCUCAACUGCGGUGAAGUUUCCACCUUAUAACACGUCCUGGCACGCGGUCGAACUGAACUACACGAAAGGCGAGCUGAACAUCCUCGUGGAUUACCGGAACAAACAGAGCAAAUUAUUCUCUAUGACGUUCGAGCUGGGCGACAAAGUUAUCAUCGGUAGCGGGAAAAGCAACGCGGGUCUGGUCGGGUGCAUGCGCGAGAUAUGGGUGAACGAUGAGAGAAUAGAACCGAGGUACGUGGUCAACACCGACAGAGUUAUCGGAGAGGUGGCACUGGAUAAUUGCCAAUUCGUUGAUCCUUGCACCAGGCCGAACACUUGCGAGCAUGGGGGAAAGUGUUCGGUGAAAGAGGACAGGAUCACUUGCGAUUGCACCGAUACUGGCUACAUCGGGAAGAAUUGUCACUUUGCACUAUACAGGAAGACUUGCGAGGAACUCGCGUUAUUGGAAUAUACGAAGGACGACGUGUACAAGAUCGACAUAGACGGGAACGGAAGGUUUCCACCCGCUAUAGUGAAAUGCGAGUUCCAGUCUAUCGAGGACUCGACGAAAACCAUCGUGGAGCACAACUUGCCGUCGCAAGUCGAUGUUAGGUCUAUCGCGGAGUCCGACUUCUCUUUCAACAUCAAGUACAGACAGUUUACCGCGGAAAUGCUCCAAGAACUGAUCUCGCAUUCAUUGCACUGCAGUCAACACGUCAAGUAUGACUGCUACAAAGCACCAUUGGAGUUGCACAGUGCUACGUGGUUCCUCAGCUCAAAGGGAACUACCGUAGACUACAUAGGGAACGUGAACAGAGGAUCUUGUCCUUGCGGCAUGAAUAGGACGUGCGUCGAUCCGAACUUGAGCUGCAAUUGUGACGUAUCCGCCGGAAAUGCGGGCAAGUGGCUAUCCGACGAAGGCUACUAUGAAACCCCGGAUUCUCUAGGCAUCACAGAAAUGAUAUUUUUACAACAACGGGACCUCGAGGAAGAUGCUCAAGGGCGGAUUACUCUGGGCCCUUUGGAAUGCGUCGAAACAAAUACACAGAAAUACGUCGUCACUUUCACAACCUCGCAAUCGUACAUCGAGGUACCCGGUUGGAGGAAAGGAGACAUAGCAUUCAGCUUUCGUACGACCGGAGAAAAGGCUAUACUUUUGUACCAACCACCCAUCAGGAGCAACUAUCCAUCGUUCAUGGUCGCACUGACCUCGGAGUAUCGGUUAACGUUCAAUUUCACUUUAAAUACUGGGACCAUAAGGGAGCUCGAGGUAAAGAGCGUAAGAAAAUUGAAUAACGGCGAGUGGCAGAAGAUUUGGAUCGAUUACAAUGAUUAUCACGUCAGAUUUAUGAUCAAUACUGACCAACGAAUGGUCGAUUUGCUGCCUGAGGAAGAGUUCGGGCCGUUCGAGGGUUCUAUGUUCAUUGGCGGCGCUACCGCGGAACACUUGAGGACAUCCUCGGUACGCCAAGGACUCAUCGGGUGUUUCCGCGGUUUAGUGGUAAACGGAGAGAUUCUAGAUAUUCAUAGCUAUAUGUCGGUCCACUUGUCCGAGAUUAUAAAAGACUGUAAGCCUUCUUGUCAACCGAACAAGUGCCAGAACGGCGCAAGGUGCGUAGAACUGUGGAGCAACUUCGAGUGCGUUUGCGAGAACAGAUGGGCUCACCUUGGCACCUACUGCGAAAGGAAUAUAAACAGCAAAGCCUUGACGUUCACCUCGCAAGGUGCUUUCUUGAAGAAAAACUACUUCGGUACAGACGAGAAGGACGAAGAAAAAUUGUUAUUAAAGAGCAUACUGUGGCAGAACAUUUUAAUCAACCUGAGAACUUACGACACUCAUUCCUUGAUCUUGUACGCAAACGAUCAUUUGAACAACUUUGCUCAUCUCUACGUAUCGAACGGCACUAGUAUUGUGUAUCUGUUCAAUGCUGGUAACGAGAUUAAAAACAUCACCGUCGAAUAUCCAGGUGUGAACACAGGAAUUUCAGUCCAAAUCGCGAUAAUCCGCAACGAAAAAUCGACGACUCUACACGUAAACGAGUACAACGUUACUCUAAAUGCUACUCCUGUAUUAUUGGACACGUACUCGAAUAAGCCGUGGGUGAACCCCGAGAAAGAAGUGCUGGCACCCCAGAGACCACCCGCGCCACCCUCGAGCUAUUUUCAGGUGAAUCUAGGAGGCUUCGACACGGACGAUUUACUCCGAGUCGGCAAGGACGAGGUGCAGAUAAAAGGAUACGUUGGUUGCCUUCGCGGAUUGAUGAUCGGAGAAUACCUGGUCGAUUUGCCUAGUCUCGCGAAUGAAGCCAAUCACGAGGGCAGCAAAGGCGUGCUACCUAAUUGCCAAAUGAAAUGCGAUGCCACGCCUUGCAAAAAUUUAGGCAUUUGUACGGAAGAUUUCGGAAGACAGGAGUCUUCGUGCAACUGCGAAUUGACCUCGUAUUUCGGGGAACAUUGCGCUGACGAAAAGGGAGCAGACUUCAGCGGCGAGAGCGUUCUUCAACGUGAAUUCGACCUGGUCGGUGAAGUGACCAAGGUAAAAGUUCAGCUGGCAUUCUCGACGAGUGAGCUUCGUAAACGAACCACCGCACUGCUUCUUUUACUAACAGAAAAUAAGAGCUACUACUUGCUGGUCGCUUUGACAUCAGAGGGUGAGCUUAUUCUUAAAGAGGACAGGGAGGGCUCCGUACACGCCGCACGUCUGGGCGACAGAAAUUUUCUGAACGGAGCUCGGCACAGCGUUUACUACGUUCGCGAUAACAACACGGCUACGCUUUUGAUCGAUCGCGAACCGGCACAAAUGUUAUCGAUCCCGGAGUUAAAUCUUGGAGACGACGAGGACGAGAGUCCAGGCGUGACAGAGAUCCAACUGGGAGGUCUGAACACGACGGAUUCUCGGUUCAGCGCGUACAAAGGAUACACCGGCUGUCUGAGCAACGUCGUGGUAUCGAUCAACGAUGGACCUGGCAUGAAGCCACUCGAGGAAUAUAUGCUAUUUACGAAACAGGGCAGCGAAACCGUACGCGCGACGAUACCCGCCGGCGUCAGGAGCGCGCAGUGCGCUGUCUUUCACGCUCAACCACGCGGCUUGGAUCCACCCAGAAACGACAGCGUGGAUCGUGACAAAGCCUGGGUGGAGGAUCCGCCGGAGAGGAUACUGUAUAAAUCGCAAUAUUCUGACGCGACGCAGGAGGAACAGGGCGCUGGUACUUACAUCUUCAUCGCGCUGUGCUGCGUGUUCGUGACAGCGGUGAUCGGUUGCAUUUACGAGGUUUGGCGAAGCGCGAGAAAGGAUCGGCGCCGUAGACGAGCAUCGGUGGCUGGAGCGUCGAACGUGCCAGCCUCCGGUUCUCAAAGAUGGCAAACGCAACAAUACACCGAUCCGUUAACCGGUGUGAAAACAGUGGGCUUUAAAAAUAUGACGGAAGACGAGAAAAGACCGAACGGCACGCAUAUGAAACCAGCGAAAGAAUACAAGCCGCUGAUGAACGCGGAGUCCAAAGAUUUAGUUAACGACAAAAAGGUUCAUAUUAAAGCUGAUGAAGAACCAGAGAAGAAGGAGCUCCUAGGGGUAAAUACAGGCAUCAUCACUAAACCUCCGAAACCAAAUCCAUUCUCGAUGGAAGAUCUGCGGGAAGAACCAGAACUCGAAGAACGUGAAGAGGAAGAGGUAGGCGAGGAGGAGGAGGAAGAGGAGGAGGAAGAAGAAGAAGAGGAGAACGAUCUGAAACAACAGAACGUGGACGAGGAGGAGAUGAAUCAGUCGAAAGGAGAACGUAACAACGACAAAGAUUUCGUAAAAUCGGAAGUCACGUUAAACGGUAUUGGACAACGACCGACCACCGAAAAUUUACCUUCAGAUCGCUCAAGGCCUUUCGUAGUCAAUUUGCAGCCCAUCUAUUUCUCGGACGAUCGAAGAACUUUUGAAAGUCCAUUAAACUAUCUCAUUGGUGUGAGAUAUCAACCAAGAAACAGAAACUCCAUCGAGUCAAUAUUGUCCUUGGAUUAAUCACGGCGAUUUACCGAAUGCAUAACAUCGUUUCUUUGAUUUCGCGCUGUAAUUAUUAUAUGCGCGCGUCAGUGACCUCAACGUUGAUAGAAUGUGAGAAUUUACGUCUAAGCGUAUAUUAUUACGAUGUACAAAAUAAUGUUUUCAUUAAAAAUAUGCGAGAAAUA